GUAGACAUGUCGUUAAAAUUGAUUGAAUGAUGUGGUUAAUUCAUUACGAUACAUUGUUUGGGGAAAGAAGUACCUGUUUCUGCAUGGUCCUACUUGACGGAUAAUGAAAUCUUUUAAUUUACACGAAAGCACGGACACAUUACAUCGGAAUGGGGCGACGUCUCAAAGCGGCGCCACUCGUCUCCUCGCGUUCCUUGUCGUCUUGUUCGCGCUAGCAACUGUGGCUCUGGCUGUGGUUUUAGCCUUCACCGUGCUCAAGGUAGAGGACGACAAAGAACCUGUUCCAACUGUAAAUCCAGCGGAAACUGAAUCAGUUGGGAAAGAAGAUGUUUGCCUUACUGAAGGAUGUGUUAUGGCAGCUGCACGUGUGCGUGCCGCCAUGAACCCCACCGCCGACCCUUGUGCAGACUUCUACCAGUUCUCGUGCGGUGGCUGGCUUAAAACCAACGUGAUUCCGGAGGAUAAGAGUUCGUUUGGCUCAUUCUAUAAGAUUCGCGAUGACGUGGACAUCAUCGUCAAAGGUGUAUUGGAGGCAGAAAACAAGCCAGAAGACCCGCAAAUUGUUCGGAAGGCUAGAAAUUACUACAAAAUCUGCAUGAAUGAGAAAAAGGUUGAAGAUCUCGGUUUGACGUACCUGCUACAUUACCUUGAAACCCUUGAUGGUCUCCCCGCCCUGGGACCACGCCCGGGUGGGAGGUGGAACAAAGCCUCGUUUGACAUAGUGAACCUCAUGGUGAAGGCUAGAAAAGGAGUCGACCUCAUACCCCUAAUUGACAUCGGAGUAAUGCAAGAUGAUAAGAAACCUACUAACUAUAUUCUUUACGUAGAUCAACCUGACCUAGGGAUGCCCAGUCGGGACUACUAUUUGAAGGAGCGAAAUGACACGAUGCUGAUGGCCUAUCAGACACUGAUGAAAGACUUCAUGGUGGCAAUAGGUGUGGAUGAAACCACUGCCAGCCAGGACGCACAGGACGUGGUGGAUAUGGAAAUAGAACUAGCGAAUAUAACAAUUCCAAAGGAGGAGAGAAGGGAUCCAGAGAAGAUGUAUAACAAAAUGACCGUAACAGAACUGACACAGAACUUCACAGACGUGGACUGGAUGCGACUCGUCAGCGGGACGUUCAAGCACAUUGGUAUCACCUUACCGACGACUGAGCCUGUCGUUGCCGUCGCGCCAGCAUUCCUGGAGAAAAUUGGCAGUUUGCUGCAUAAAUAUCCGGCCAGAACAUUAGCCACUUAUGUUUUAUUACAACGGACGGUUGGAAAAACAUUUUACCUGCCUGAAAUGUUCAGAGCAAUCAAACAGAAAUACAAUAAGGUGUUAUCGGGGACGGCUACGGUGCCAGCCCGUUGGCAGAGCUGCGCGGGGAGCGUGAAGAGCGCGAUGCCGGAAGUGGUGGGACGCCUCUUUGUACAGGAGGCAUUUAAGGAGGAUGCCAAGAAAGAUGUGCUGAUGCUUGUCGACAAAUUGCGGGAGGCGUUUAAGGAGAUGAUUGAUGGGCUGCCCUGGAUGGCCUACACCACGAAACAGACCGCUAAGGAAAAGGCCAACUUUAUUGACCCGAGAAUAGGCUACCAGGAUCUUGUGUAUAAAGAUGCAGCAUUGGAGGAGAAAUACGAAAAUGUUACAAUUGACGUGGAAGACCCUCUCAAGACUCUUGUCAACAUCGGUGAGGCGGGCGUUGUGGAAACACUCCAGAAAUUGAGGAAGACAUACGAUAAAUCUGAGUGGCACAUGUCUCCGGCGACUGUCAACGCCUACUACAUGAGCGGUGUUAACUCCAUAACGUUUCCUGCGGCUAUUCUUCAACCGCCAUUCUAUUCCAAAGAUCAGCCAGCAUAUUUGAAUUUCGGCGGAAUCGGGUACGUUAUCGGUCAUGAAAUAACGCACGGCUUUGACGAUCGAGGACGUUUAUACGACAAGUUCGGCAACCUCGAAUCUUGGUGGUCGGAACAAGACACUGAGCGGUUCAAGGAACGGGCGCAAUGUAUCAUUGACCAGUAUGAUGGCUUCGUGGUUCCCGGUACAGGAAACAUGACGAUCAACGGGAUCAACACUCAAGGGGAAAACAUAGCUGACAACGGUGGAAUCAAGGAAUCAUUCUGGGCAUACCGGAAGUGGGUGGAGAGUGCCCGAGGGGGGCGAGAAGAGGAGAAACUCCCGGGGCUGGACUACACUCCUAACCAACUCUACUUUCUUAAUGCAGCACAGGUUUGGUGUGGCAAAAUGCGAGACAGUGCGAAGAUAGAGAGAAUUCGAACCGACCCUCACAGUAUUAUGGAUUACAGGGUGUACGGGCCUCUCCAGAACUUUGACGAGUUUUCCCGAGCGUGGCAGUGCCCCGAGGGCUCCUAUAUGAACCCAAGGAAGAAGUGUUCAGUCUGGUGAACACCCGCUCCGUUAUGUACUUGCUCAAGGAUUACAAGAAGAAGAAUUUGGCGAUGGAUAGUUACUGGGAGUUACUGGAACGAAGUGUGGUGUUAUAUUCUCUGCCAUAAUUUGUAUGUGAAUAAAAGGUGUGUGUAUAUUAAACAAUGAUUAAUUUUUGUGUUUGAAUGUUAUUGAACAAAAAUGUUAUGAUACAUAAAGGUACAAAAUUA